CCGAUUACCAAUACCCUACUUCACAUGAUCACGCUGCCACAAAGAUCGAUGUAUCCAGGCCUCUACCAAAUUAUCUUGUAAACAGUGCAUAACCUAUAUUAAAUCACUAUUACCUGACUGACGUCUCAACUCCGUUGAUGAUUGCACCGUCCAAGACAUUCCCCUCCUCUACACCUCAACAUGCCAGCAAACUCCCUCCCCUCAAAGAUCGGAGUAGUAAUAUUCCCAGGCUUCCAACUCCUCGACUAUGCCGGUCCCCUAGACGCCCUCAACAUCCUCUCCGCCGACCAUCCUCUCACGCUCUGCACCAUAGCCGCAACACUAGACCCAGUGCCAACCCAGAACUUUAUGCAAGACAAGCAAGGCUCCCAAUUCUCACAGUCUAUAGUCCCGACUCACACAUUCGCCGACGCACCGGAUGAUCUGGAGGUGCUGCUCCUCCCAGGUGGUCUCGGCGCGAGGGGACCAGAGAGCGACAAGUGGAUGAAGCCACAAGUCGAGUAUUUGAAGAAAUUGGAUUUGAGCGGCAAGGGAAGCAUCAAAUGGGUUCUAACUGUCUGUACGGGUAGUGAGAUUCUAGCCAGGGCUGGUAUGUUAGACGGCAGGAAGGCUACGACGAAUAAGCGCGCUUUCAACGAUGUCAAAGCCAAGCACCCAAAUGUCGAGUGGGUUGCAAAGGCACGUUGGGUUGUUGACGGAAAUAUCUGGACGAGCUCUGGUAUUUCAGCUGGUAUAGACUUGACGUUUGCGUGGAUUGCGGAGGUGUUUGGCGAGGAGACGGCGCACUAUGUGGCGGAUCGGAGUGAGUAUGAGAGGAAUAUUGAUGCGGGGAAUGAUCGGUAUGCUGAGAGGUGGGAAGCUGUGUGAUCAGGUAUAACGGGAUGCGUAUAGAUGGGGACGAUGUUAGUCUAUGAAAACAAUAAGCAUCACCUUACA